AUGGUGUGUGUCAAAACGAUUGAAAUAACAUGCAAUUCGACGGAAUGUCUUUGUAUUCCCAAGAGGGGACAUGGCCGAGGGUCAACAUGUUACCACUUUCCCCGUCAGUCUCCUCGCAGAAAAGUUUCGAAAACUCAACGAGAAAACUCGGUGAGAGAUGACAGGGAAAAGCCUCAAACCGCCAAAGACGUGUUCAACACAAGCUCUUGCAUACCACCGCCGUAUAGAUGCCCUCAUCCUAGGAUGCAGUUUUACUUAUACACUAGGACCACGCAGGAGAAAGGUGAACUACUCAAUACCUUAGAUAACGACUCGCUAAAGUAUUCCAAAUUCAAUCCCAAAUAUCCUACCAAAAUAGUGGUGCACGGUUUUGGUGGUGGCCGAAAUCUUUCGCCAAGUACAGAUAUGAGAAACGCUUAUUUCAAAAGAGGGAACUAUAAUAUUAUUAUCGUGGAUUACGGAACUCUAGUCAAAGAACCUUGUAUUGGUCAGAUAGAAUGGGCUCCUCGUUUCGCAAGCCUCUGUAUAGCGCAGUUAGUGGAAUAUGUUCAGUACCACCCCACAAAAGGUGUACGUCCAGAAAAAAUACACACCAUAGGUUACAGCGUUGGAGCUCACAUUCUUGGUCUUGUUGCUAAUCACAUAACUGAUGGGAAACUUGGAAGAAUAACUGGUCUAGAUCCAACAAUAUUUUUCUACAUGGGCAACAACCGUUCCAGAGAUUUGGAUUACACAGAUGCCUUAUUUGUUGAUAUCCUGCAUACUGGUGCUGGUAUUCUUGGUCAAUGGGGACCGAAUGGACAUGCUGACUUUUACGUUAAUGGGGGGUCCAGUCAACCUGGAUGCGCGCAUGAUACUAUAUUCCAAACCUUAUCAUGUGAUCAUACCAAAGUGACACCGUACUUUAUAGAAUCGAUAAACAGUCGAGCUGGGUUUUGGGCCGGACCAUGUCCAAGCCUAUUUUCAUAUUUGAUUGGAUGGUGUGAGCCAAAAGACACGGAGUAUGUGCUGAUGGGAGAACACGUCACUCAUAAUGCUCGAGGCGUUUAUUACGUUACGACAAAUGCAAAGCCGCCCUACGCCAGAGGUUUUCCAGGGAAAAGCAGAAGGCUUCGAUCCAUAACAUCAUAUAGCUAA